GUAAUGGCUGAGAUACAAGGGGGGGAGUACUUUUGGCCACUACUGUAAAUAUCAUUGUUUAUAGGCUCAACUUCGACAUAGAAAUUUUACUCGAUCAAUACAGUCUUUGGCACAUGUUGAUAUAUUUAACAAAAACGAUACCAUUAUACAAAUGGCGCGAUGUUCGUUUGAUCUUCAUGUACAGGAAAUCUUAGGAGCAUUAAUAAUAGGAGCCAUAGUAAUUAUGUUACAUCCACGAGGCAACGUCGAUUUCGAAUAUCUUUCUACGAUUAUGAAAAAUAAACAAAUUACUUUUCUUUAUACUGUUCCCACAUUACUGGCACUCUUUUUUAAUUUUAUCAAAGACACUAAGAAAGCAUACAUUAUGCAAUAUUUGCGAUCUCUUUGCACUGGAGGUAAAUAUAUAACUACUGAAUUUUACUAUUACCGUCUCUUAUUGUUCUUCUCUUUCUUCUUAGGCGAACGUUGCUCUGUCCAACUUGUUGAGUUAUUAGAAAGCAUUAUAAAUAACGACUGUUCUAUAUGGAAUUUAUGUGGACCAGCAGAGACAACUCUUCAGUCUUUAUUUCAUCGAGUCAGUUCACAACUAGAUACAGAGACUAUUCCACUUGGUAGACCACUACCUAAUUAUUCCUGUAUGAUCGAAGAUGAUUUCGGACAAUCUCUUAUUGUAGGUAAAGAAGGAGAGAUAUUAGUGAAAGGAGUAGGCAUCUUUGCUGGUUAUUUUGGUUGUGAUGAUUUAACUGCAAAAGCUCUUCUUGAAAUAGAUGGUCAACUAUUCUAUCGAACAGGUGAUCUUGUUACUAUGGACAGCGAUGGUCUUCUGCAUUAUCAAGGAAGAAAAGAUCAUCAAAUCAAACUUCACGGACAACGAAUUGAACUUGGUGAAAUCGAAAGAUGCUUACUUAAUAAUACAUCUGUAUCUGCUUCUGUUGUCAUAAAAUGGAAUAAUGAUCAUUUAGUUGCAUAUGUUCAAAGUUCUGAUAUCAAUGAGCAGGCAUUGCGUGAACAUUGUCAAUCUCAUCUUCCACCACAUAUGAUUCCAUCAAUAUUCAUUAUACUUGACAAACUACCUCUGAAUCCAAAUGGAAAAAUAGAUCGAAAAGUCCUUCCACCACCUAACUUCCCAUCUAUACAUCUCACAAACAGUAUAGAACUAUUAUCACCAACAAACGAUAUUGAAAUUAGUAUUCAUCAUAUUUGGUGUGAGAUAUUCAAACUAAAUCAAAUCUCAACUGAUACAAAUAUCUUUACUAUCGGUGGUCAUUCAUUACUUAUAAUGCAACUUUUUCAUCGAUAUAAGAUCGAAUUUCAUUUAGAAACAAGCACUCUUUCUAUUUCGAAUCUAUUUCAACAUCCAACAAUUAUUCAUCAUGCUCAACUCAUUCAACAAUCUAUCAAUACCAUCUACACUCUCGAUGAUCAUCCUUGGUUCUCAUUACAUCUCAUUGUAGCUAGAGCAUCAUUUGCACAAGAACGCAUCUUCUUAGACGAACAAAUCCGUUUUUCAUCCAGCAAAACAACGAUGAAUAAUAUGUAUGCUAUUCCAUUAUUUUAUCGUAUACCAUCUAUGAAUGAUCAUAUAUCAAUUACUCGAUUACAUCAUGCAUUUCAAAGUGUGAUCACAAGACAUAAUAUUCUUCGAACAGCACUUUAUAUCGACGAUACCAAUAAUAAUAUCACACAACAGUGUUUAGAUGCAAAUAUCAUUCUGGAUGGUGACAUAAAAUCAUAUGGAUUCACAAUCGUUAAUAUUCUUAUUAAUGAUCAUCGUCAUAUGAAUGAAAGUAUAGAAGAAAUAUUAAAUCAAUCUGAUUUAUUUGAUUUAUCAAAAGGACGUGUUAUUCGUUGUCAUAUUCUGCGUCAUUAUCAUCAAUCUCAAGAUAAUAGUUCGCGUGAGAGCGAUGAUCUGCUGACUGAAAAUGAUCACAUAAUGAUUAGUAUUCAUCAUGCAAUGUUUGAUGGAGCAUCAACAUCAAUCUUCCUUCGUGAUCUUUCUCUUGCUUAUCAAUCUCAUGACUCAUUAUCUAUGGAUGAAAAUGCAUCAAAUUAUAUAGAUUAUUCUGUUCAUGAACAUGUCAUGGAUAUGUCAUUAUCUCGUGAGUUCUGGCAUUCUCAACUUGAAAGAUACAAUAUCGAAUGUUCAUUAUCACUACCAGUUGAUCGACAACGUUCAUCAACUAGUCAACAACGAUCAGGUUUAGCAUCUACAGCUGAAAUCACUUUUGAUAAUGAACUAUGCACAUCAUUUCUAAACUAUGCAUCAUCACAUCAUCUCACACUUUUUCAACUUGGAUUAUCCAUAUUUUAUGCCUUCCUAUUCAAAUUAACUCAUGGUGAGACUGAUUUAUGUAUUUCUUCUAUCAAUGCUAAUCGAUAUCGAAGUGAAUUAGUGAAAAUGAUAGGAAUGUUUGUUUCGACAUUGCCAUAUCGUUUAGAAAUUGAUUGUCAUUGGUCAUUUGAUGAAGUAGUUAAACAUGUACGAGAAAAAUGUUUAUCAAUUCUUGAACAUUCUCAUUAUCCAUUACAACAUAUUCUUGGUGAUAAUCGAUCAAGUCAAUCGAAUGUAUCAUUUCUUGAGACAAUAUUCGACUUGAUCAGUGUGUCAAAAGAUGUUGAACAUUUAUGUUUGAAUGAUGCAAAUUUAGAAGAAGUGGCAUUAGAACAAUCAGUUGAAAUGUCUAAGUUUGACUUCUCAUUAACAUUUGUAUAUAAUCCAUUACCAGAGAACAAGAGAUUAUCAUGUAGUUUAGUUUGUUCACAUGAUUUGUUUGAAAGGUCAACUAUUUCAAAAAUAGCUCAAAGAUUUCAAUAUAUGUUUGAACAAUUGUUUCAAACACAAUCAAGCAACAUUUUUGUGAUGGAUGUGGAUUCAUCGAUCAACAAACUGUCUCUUAUUCUUCCUGAAGAAGCUGAAGAAAUGGAAUUAGUAGUAUUUCAUCGAUUGGAUAAUAUUGUGAAUGAAGCACCAGCAUCAUUUGCACAAGCUCGUAUUUGGCUUGACGAAAGAAUUCGAUUCGAUCCAGACAAACCACAAAUAGCCAUCUAUAACAUGCCUUUUGUUUAUCGUCUGCAACCAGACCAUACUUUAUCGAUCAAACAACUUCAUCAUGCUCUUCAUCUCACUGUUAACAAACAUCUCUCACUUCACACAUCACUUCAUUUUGACAUCGACAAGAAUCUACUUAUGCAACGAGUUACUACUCAUGAACACAAAAAUAAUAAUCUGUUUUCAAUCAUCGAAACCACUUAUGAAACAGAUGAACAACUUAAUAAGAUUUUACAUGAUGAGAUACGUAACCCUCAACUUUUUGAUCUUUCUCAAGGUCUUAUCUUUCGAUGUUAUCUUGUUUACCACAAAUCAAUCUCUUCAAAUGAUCUACUUUCUGACAAAGAUGUAGUCAUUUUCAAUUUUCAUCAUGCUCAAUUUGAUUUUCCAUCAAUGGAUACAUUUCUUCACGAUCUCAAUCAAGCAUAUACAACAGCUCAGUUGUUAUAUGAUAACAACACUAAUCUUCGUUAUGUCGAUUAUGCUGUUAUUGAACAACAAAUGUCAAUGACUGGUGCGAGUAUGUUUUGGCUUGAUGCUCUUCAUGAUUGUAAACUCGAUCAGUCUUUAUCAUUACCAUUUGAUCGAUAUCGCCUUGCAAAUGAACAUCGAACUGGUCGUGGAACAUCGAUUUGUUUUGAUUUUGGUCAAGAUCUCUCACAUCACUUUUUUAUUUAUGCAUCAUCAAAUAACAUAUCACUGGAACAUCUUGCACUUGCUAUUUACUAUGUGUUCUUAUUCAAAUUAACUAAUGGAGAAAAAGAUUUAUGCAUUGGAAUUAAUACACAUGGUCGAUAUAGAGAUGAACUUAGAUUUAUCAUCGGAAUGUUUGUGAAUGCUAUACCUUUGCGAUGUCGACUCGAUCCUCAUUUAUCAUUUCAUAAACUUACUAAGCACGUUCAAGAUAUCAUGAUAAAUUGCAUUAAAUAUUCAUAUUUUCCACUUCAACGUAUUCUCAAUCAACAUUCUAAUAUAUCAAAUCCUGUAUUUCUUGAUACAUCAUUUGAAUUUCUAUCGUCUAUCAGAAGAAAUGAGAAGAAUGAAAUGGUGAUUGGUGAUAGUCGACUUUCUUUAAUGCCUUCUUCGAUUAAUAUUAGUGAAGAUGAAAUAAUGAGUAAAUUUGAUUUUAUUCUUAGUUUUGAACAUGAUCUAAAUCUAAAUGAAUUCUCAUGCACCAUCAAUGCUUCACUUGAUUUAUUCAAAGUCGAAACAGUUUGUGUAAUUGCACAAAGACUGCAGACAAUGUUACAUCAACAAUUCACAUCUUUUAAUAGUCAAAUAAACAAACCUAUCCAUGAAUUAUUAUUAAUAUUAUCAAAUGAGCAAUAUCUAAUGCAAUCAUUGAAUAAUACACAAGUAUCGUUUCCAUCUCCUCUCACUUGUAUUCAUCAUGAGUUUGUUUAUCAAGUCAUGCAACAUCCACAUAAACUAGCUAUUGAAUUCGAUGAGCAAUCUCUUACAUAUGCUGAACUGUUACAUUAUGCACACGUUUUAUCUUCUCAUCUUAUGAACAAGUAUCUCAUAGUUCCAGGUGAAGUCAUUAUUGGUAUAAUGGCUAUUGAAAUGAGUGGAAGUGUAUAUUGUCCACUGUCACCUAGAGAUCCACAAAAUCGUUUGCAUACACUUAUAGAACAAACUCAAAGUCGUAUUGUGCUUAUUCAUUGGUUGACAAGAGCAAAUUUUCAUGAUAACGGUAUCGUUUUGAUUGAUAUUCAUUCGAUAUUGACUAAUCAUGACUCAAAGAGUGAUGUUGAUAUUGAUCGACUAUCCGAUGUCAGAGUGACACCCAAUGAUAUUGCUUAUAUCAUUUUCACAAGUGGUUCAACUGGCAUACCAAAAGCGGUAUGUGUAUUUAAUUUAAGUAAUACAGAACAAUGCUAUAUUCUGUUUGGUUCAAUAAUUUCAGGUUCAAUUGCGCCAUCGUAA